AUGAUAUCAGGCGGGAGCUCCGCCAGCCCCCUGCCGCCGGGGGCCCCCCCAGCCCCGUCCCGGCCUCCGCCAGCCUCCUCCAUGAGUGCCCGGCUGUCCAAGGAGCGGAGGCUGUCCCUGCCGCCCUGCCUCGCCAACCGGACCAGCGCCGGCAGCGCCUGCGUGGCGCAAGUGGGGCAGCUCUUCCAGUCCUUCUCGUCCGCGCUGGUGCUGGUCGUGCUGGUCGCCCUCAUCCUCGGCCUCGUGCUCCUCUCGCUCGCCACCUUCCACGUCCACAAGCGCAGGAUGAAGAAGCGGAAGAUGCAGAGGGCGCAGGAGGAGUAUGAGCGGGACCACUGCAGCAGCCGGGGCCCGCAGCCCGGGGCCGGGGCCGGGAAGCCCCCCGGGAGAGACGCCCGCCUGGGCCGGGCCCCGCAGGACUCGGGCGCCGCCCGCCCCUCCCAGCCCCGCUUGGACACGGCGGGCGCGGGACUCCUGCAAAGCGUGGUGCUGUCCUGA